AACUUUUUGUUUGAUUUUAAUCAGGUUGCUGACUUCUGGAGGGAAGCAUAUAUUCUAGGUCAGCUUCACCAUCCAAAUAUAGUGGCAUUCUAUGGUGUAGUUACAGAUGGCCCUUUGACGAGUUUGGCUACUGUGGUAGAGUACAUGGUGAAUGGCUCCCUGAAACAAGUUCUGAGAAGAAAAGAUCGCACUAUUGAUCGCCGAAGGAGGUUAAUAAUAGCCAUGGAUGCAGCCUUUGGGAUGGAAUAUCUACAUGAGAAGAACAUUGUUCAUUUUGAUUUAAAAUCUCAUAACUUCCUUGUUAAUAUGCGUGAUCCUCACCAACCAAUGUGCAAGAUUGGUGAUCUAGGCUUAUCAAAAAUUAAACAGAAGACACUCAUCUCUGGUGGAGUUCGAGGAACUAUACCAUGGAUGGCACCAGAGCUUCUGAACACAAAGAACAACAUGGUAACAGAGAAGGUUGAUGUGUACUCAUUUGGAAUAGUCAUGUGGGAACUCUUAACCGGAGAGGAACCUUACGCUGAUUUGCACUCAGAGGAAGUAUUAGCUGGUAUAAUCAAGGUCACUCUUCGACCUAAAAUCCCUAGCUGGUGUGACCCAGCAUGGAGAUCAUUGAUGGAGAGGUUCUGGUCAACUGAUCUUGACUCAAGGCCUGUCUUCUCAGAGAUCGCCAAAGAGUUGCAUACCAUGUCAGCAGCCAUGAAAAUUUAGUGAUUACAGCAAGGCUGAGCCACAGGGCAAACCAUUGGUGUUUUGCUCUUUAUGGUAAAUAGGUUAGAGUUGCCAAGAACAUGGCAGAGUGAGAUGCGAUUAGUUUGCCGUCCACUGUCAUGUCUAGCGUGAUGAUAACCCUUUCUGUAGGGAUUUUCGAGCCAGGUGAAAUCUAUUUUUGCAGUCACCGGCGUGUUAACAUAGCAAGUGUAUGUACUAGCUGAGUUUAGAAAGUAGAGCUUCUCUAUUUCAGAUUGAAUGGUAACCUUUUAACUAAGGAACAGGGCAAGGCCUUAGAUAGCUUGCAAUAUUUUUUUUUUGUCAAGGCUAGAGAUGGCAAUGCACUGUUUACAGAGGCCAGGUUGUUGAGCUAUUUUCUCCUAGUGGCUCAAGGAUUUUGUUUUCAUCCCCUUUUUCUUGUAUUCAUCGUGAUUUUCUUGAAGUGUUUCCUUAAUAAUAGUUUGAUGUCGAAAUAGAAGUGCAAUCUGUAUGUUGUGUUUCUUGA